AUGCCGAAUACAAUUGCUUACCAGUGGUCACAGACAGUCACACACCUUUCCCUGAGGCUGCGCAUUCCAUUCCUCAAAGGUAAUUUGCAACAGGAACAACGCGAUAGGCAACUGUCAGUCAUUCUUGCCAGCUGCUACCUCCGGGUGUGCUGGCCGCCCUGGCUUCUAGAAAUUGACUUUUGGGGAGAUGUCGCAUUUCGGUCUGCCACCGUCACUCCUGGAGUUGAAUGUUUGACAAUCAUUGUGCCCAAGGCCGAGGAGGGCAUGUGGGGCUCUUUGACGGCGGCGAGCAACCCUAAGCUGCAACAGAAUAUUACGGAGCGGAGGCAAUUAUCUCUUGCUGCGUACACCGAAUGGCAGGAACAGCUCCAGCAGCAGCGUAUAGCUGCACGCGAAGCACGCAAGCAACAACAGCAAAAGCAUGUUUGGAGGCAGGAGCAAGAGCAACGGGAGUGGCACAAACGCCAAAAGGAGAUUCAGGUCCAGCAGGUGCUCGAACAGCUGCCCGACAGUGGUUGGAAACCUCCCUCUUGCACAGAAACGCACGAUGAUGCUAACCGUCCCCUCGAUGGUGAUCAAGCAUGGGAAAAAGUGCAGGAACUCAGCGAAGCCAACACUACGGAGGAUGCAUCUGGAUCCCGAGAGGGACGGCAGGAGUUGCAGGCUCGCGGUGACGCGUGUCACGCACCUGUUUUAGGUGAAGGCAGUUAUUGCAGCGUCACUUUAGGUGAAGAGGAAGACAGCAUUGUAGCUUACGAUGGUAAACAAGACGAUGAAGCCGGAAAAGCACAAGUCGAAACAUCAAUCCCUCCAGGUUCCACGCAACGUGGAGCCGGCUUCCUGCAGGCUUCACGUUGCACUAGUGAUGAAGCGCUAUCCACAGCUAGCAUUUCAACAGACCCAGUUCUUUGCGGGCAUAGAGCCCAACCUAUAUCAUCAACUAACAAAAACGUGGCACUACCAGAAGUCCACUUGCCUGUACAACCCUGCACAAAAGUAAAGGUUUCGUUUGCCGCCAGGAGGCCCAAUAGGGUUCCUGCGAGAGGCCCGCUUCCCGCGCCCUUGCCAAAAGCUGAGCUGGAUCUCGCCAGGGAUAUCUGCACUAGGGAAAAGCCGGAAGAUUUAUGUAGGCAGCAGGAAGCUAAUCCUGCAUGGCUACACUCGAAAGCAACCCGCCUACUAAUUAGUGGGGACGCAGCAGCGGCAGAUGAGGCAUACAGCUUAAUUUUACACCCAGCCAAGCAUCAUUGCCUUCACCGACUUGCUUUUAUAAAGGCAUUGUCAGGGCGAAGCCUGGCCCGGCUCUCUUUAGGAGAUGCGGAGAAGGUCAAACAGGAACUGCACCGUGAAGAGGAUGCAGCAGCAGCUGUAGCGGGGCAGCUUCAACACAAAGGCCUAAUACAUGAGGAGAGUUUGUACUUGCAGCACGUCCUGCUCGCUCGACGUGCUGCAGCAUUCCUGAGACUUGACGCGCUGGAAGAAGCGGCAAAAAGCCUCGAAGAACUGCUGGAGCUUAAACCGUCACAAACGCCUUCCACAGUUUAUCAUACGCAUGCUGACGGCAAUUGCAAAUUAGAUAAUCAUAGGACCGCCGUAUUCGCGGACUUGAUGCACAUAAGAAGGCUUCAACAUUUGCGGAAAGUGAAGGAAGAGGCUGACAAUGUGUUACAAUUGGCGUUGGCAACACACCAAGAGUGGAUUGCUGUGCAUUCCCCGUUACCAGAACCACAAGAAGCCGGCUGCAGUCACGAAAAGCAGCAACCGGCAACAGUGGACGGAAAUGAUCCCUCUUGCGAUGUUGCACAAACGGAACCAGUUCCAGAAUUCACUACAGUGGCUUCCUUGCUCCAAGCAGCGGUGCAAGCAUCAACAACUGAGAACAGUUUUUUCCCAUUCCCCGUAGCAGCUGCCACAGUGCUUGCAAGCAUGGCGCUGGCUCUCAUGCAACUACAGCAGAGUUCGUCGGCUUCAGUGGCAGGAUCAGCUCUCACAACUGCGGAAAUACUGAUUCAACAUGCAGAAGAACGCCUUAAGCUCCAGCAGAUUGAGACACUAAGGUCGCUCUCACCAACAGAAGAGGCAGUGGACAAAGCUGAUCAUGACAGGCUUAUGUCAAGCAGGGGUCCCACAGAGUAUCCGCAUUGCCCUUCAACGCGCUAUAGUGCUGGGCAUCUCGGAGUGCUUCAUCAGGUGCGCCUACACCUGUAUUAUGCACUGCACAACCCAGCACUUCUCUCUUUUGUCGUGACAGUCAACACAAUAUCAUUAAAGGAGCCUCGUGAGAACCACUGUGCACUGGGAACCUGGAUACACAACUUUCACGAAAUUGUCGCAACUCGUGCACGGGAACUGGCUUGCCUUCUCUUGGCAAGUCUGGAACCGCGUCUACCCUCAGCAGCCUGCAAGCAGACACCUAACUAG